UCCUGUUUGUUUAUCUCCCAUGGAAAACAGAGGGCGCUGUUCAUAAAAAUGGCAACAUUGAAGAAUAGAACUUUUAUGAAGUUAUGACGUCUAGUUUAAGCAGUGUCUUUAACAAACAAGAAUGCUUACAGCAGUUUUUUCAAGACUUUUAGUGCUUGUGUUUGGUACUCUGUACCCAGCUUAUGCCAGCUAUAAAGCUAUACGAACCAGAAAUGCCAAAGAAUAUGCCAAAUGGAUGAUGUAUUGGGUUGUGUUUGCUUUCUUCUCGUGUGCUGAAACAUUCUCAGAUGUCUUCCUCUCAUGGAUGCCAUUUUACUAUGAAAUAAAAAUUAUAUUUGUGAUAUGGCUGCUAUCACCUAUGACAAAAGGAUCCAGCUUUUUAUUCAAGAAAUUUGUCCAUCCACAGCUUAAAAAGAGAGAAAAGGACAUUGAUGAGUAUAUAUCACAAGCUAGGACAAAGGGAUAUAGUGCAAUACUUAGUCUAGGACAUCGUGGUUUGAAAUAUUGUACAAAUGUUGUUGUUAGAACUGCAAUAAAGGGACAGUCAACUUUGACAGAGCAUGUGAGAAAGAGCUACAGUACGAAUGACCUAAGGGUACCAGAUGAUUCGUCAGAUCAGAUGGAUGAUAGUAGUAUAUCAUAUAUUGAUGAUGAUGAAGAUGAACUUGCUAUGAAUAAGCGUGACCUUGAAGUUAUAAACGAGGAAAUAUCAGAUGAUGAAAAGCCUAAAUAUAAGAAAAAGAAAGAUUCCCGAUUAUAUGAAGACAAUAAAGAGUUGGAGAAAAGAAAAAAGGUCAUUAGUAGAAGUAACAGUGAUCUUACUGAUGUAAGGCGUGGCAAUCUUAGAUCUCAAAAAGAAGCACCAUUAGCCAGUUUGAAUGAGGAAGAUGAAGAAAUAAUCUACUCAGAAGAGACUUACUACCUUCCUACCAAUAACAAAAGAGAUUAUAGAGCAGAUCCUUAUGGUACUUUACCAAGGACAAGGGCCAAAACAAGAGGGAAGAUAAACCAAUGAUACUACAACACUGCUCAAUCUCAUCAUUUUCUACACAGAACACACGUCACAUUGACACACAUAUGAUAGUGUGUCAUGACACUUAUUUACUGCUGUACAUAAUGUGAUUACAUAUAUUAUUAAUCAUUGCAAAUGAGUUUCUUGGAAAAAAAUAAUUAUAAGACAGUGUCUAAAUUACCAAUGUAUUUUAUAAGGUUAUUUUUUCCAUUCAUGGAUUUUGUACAUUUUCGUAUAAUUUCGUAGAAAGAAAUACAGUUGUGUGGAUAGUGAAGUUCUGUCCCAAAUAAAUAGGAAUUCUAGAAGUCAAAUUUCCUCAUGGCUAUGUACAAAGUCCUAGAGGGUAAUAAAACAUAAGUAAUUUCAAUAAACUCUAUGGAUCUGUUACAUAUAUGUAUCUUGUUUUAAAUUUUACUUAUACAUAUAUAGUACAACCCUUAGAUUACAAGGUUGUGAGCAGGUUCAGAAAUAUUUCAAAUCAACGAAACAUAGUGAAUAACUGGAUUUGAACCUUUAAUUUCAUAAAUAGUUGUCUGUUGGAGAAGUAUAAUAAGAUCUCAACUUAUUGUGAGUUAGUAUUCCAAUGAUAAUUUGAAAGUCCCAUCAAGUUCUACAAGGUUCAAAUAUUUUUGUGUGAUAUGUUUAGAAAAAAAUUGAUAUUUUUUUUGUGAGAAAGGUUUGAAUAUUCAUACAAAAGUUAAUUUGUUGAUAUUUAAUAACAGUUUAAUAAUUUUCAAAAUAGAUACAAAUGAGUUACAGAUAAAGGGUACACUACUUAGCUGUUGAUAACUACAUCCCUUGAAUUCAGACAUUUGAUGCAAAUGUUAGUUUUUGAAGAUUUGGAAGUGAUUUUUAGAAUGAUAGAUUUGUUCUGAAUGUUUGGAUGUUGUUGUUAACCAGAAACAAUAUUGACAUAUAAAUUAUUGGUCUUGUCCCUAUCCUUGCUACAGACAGCAGGCAUUUGUCUCAUACAGACAUAUUUUGUUAUUUUGGCAAUUAAAUUGUAAACACAAUUGGUUUCAGAUACAAGAUUUCUUAAUUCAAUCAUUCAGUUGAAGAUUCUAGGUUAUUUUGUUUUUAAAUACCGGUAUAUGUAGCAAUACAAUAUAUAUAUUAGUUAUGAUUUGUAAUAUGUUAAACAAUUCCAGGGUUAGUGGUUAUGACAUUAUGUUGUAUUGUACUUAACUAUAUUUUUAUUAUUUUCAAUGUCAGCACUGAUAGGAAGCCUAGGGAAGUCAUCAUAAAAGAUUGUUAAUUUGCUGAAGGACUAGAACUUUAAUUGGGCAUUGUAUAUGUAUUUGUUUGAUAAGUGCAUGCUGAAGUGGAAUAGGACAGAGCUUCACAGAAACUAAAAAACUUAGAGCCUGUUACUGUGGAUUCAUUAUUUUUUGUUGGAUACCAAUUUUCAUGGAUUUCGUCUGUACAGGGAAACCAUGAAGUUUUUUGCAAUCCACGAAUAUUGGUACCCAGGAAAAUAAAUGAAUCCACAGUACUUGAAAUGUGGAUGAUUUUGCAGCCUAAAAAAAUCAGUACCUGUACUACCAUUGUUAUCUUUGAAAACUUUGAAUGACCUCACUUCAGCUUUUUUCCACUGGUUCACAGUUUCCAUUUACUAACUGCACUUGUUUUUUAAACAAAUAAAUUCAUUAUAUUUAUACACCAGCACAAUAUAGUUUUCCCUAGUCUUCCACUGAUAUAGAUUCCUAGUCGGCACAGAAUAGGAACAUUGUCAAUUCUUGCCACUAUCUAUGUCUCAGAUCACUUUUGUAAACAACUUUUAACAGAUUAAACAUGUAAAAUAAAGAUGUUUUUAAACAUAAAUACAAAUAAAACAGAAUGAAAAUUCAGAUUUAAUCUAUUUCGUGUGUUUACAUGUUUUAUUACUUCAAAGAAAUGCCAAAAAUAUGAAGCUUUAACAAGAAUAAGAGUAUAUCACUGUGCUAUACUUUUUUACUCAGAAAUGUAUUGUCAAAAGGAAUAAUUCAUGUUAAAUCUGCGCACAAGGUUAAACAUUCUUUAAAAAAUAAUUUUGAAAAGUUCUAUUAUUUCUUUUUUAGAAGUUCAAAUAUGAUAUCACAAAGAGUUUUUGUUACACAGUUUUGUGGUCAUCUGCAUAAUUUGGAUGUUAAGAAUUUUUAUGAAACUUUUUUUAUCACAAGAAUGUUUUAUAUGCAAGAAAAAUGGUUGACUGCAGUGAGUGUGUCUUUCUUCUUUUGUCAUUUCUACAUGAUGUGUUGCUGUGUAAUUUUUACAUGUGUCAGUGUGUAAUUUAAUUUGAAUCUCAUGAUAUUGACAAUGAAAUAUAUCCUUCAUGUGUCUAAAGUAGCUUCUUCUAUAUAUAAUUCUUUUUCUCAUUUAGCAUUUUUUUAAACAUUCCAAUUUUGCACUUAUUUUUUUUUAUUCUUUCUUCUUUAUUGCACAUGGUUGCACAAGUGGGUUUAUUAUGUUUGCUAAUGCUUUAAUAGUUUGCUAAUUUUUUAUAAUUCUUUUUCUACAGUUAAUUUGCUCAAUGUAGUUUCAUAGAUUGUCAAUCCAGCUGUUAUGGCUUUGGAAGUCAUUAAGUUGGAUAUUACAAAUAAUAGUUGUUUUCUGGAUAGUCUCAUACAUAUGGUAAUUUGUACAUCUAAGAUUUAAAUUAGAAUAUUUCAAAAUAUUCAAUUGAAACAUAAACUGUAUAUAAUAACUGUUAUGAGUGAUUUUACAUAUUGAAAUUUUAAAAAAUGUCAGAUUUGCAUUUAAGUCUAAUGAUUAUGAUUUUACUAUGCGUUAAUAAAAAGAAAUGUAGAAAAAAUGCUGUCUGUGACAAAAUGAAUGAAAUUGUAUUACUUGCAUGUAAAUAAUGCUCAAAGAAUAUUUUUGUUUUGCAAUUUUGAAUUAUGACUUGAAAGUGAAUGAGUUGUGAUCAGAUCUACACAUGUUGUGUAUUGAUUGAAUGGUUUGUGUGAUUUGUUUCAGUCACAUGUGUAUGACCAUAGGUCUAAAGACCAUAAUACUUGUCCAUGAUAGUAAUCGUUGUGUAAAUAGAGAGAAGUCUUUCAUAGUAUUGUUGGUUUCCUUUAAAAAGGAAAGGUUAUAGUAAGUUAAUGUUGAGAUGUCAUCCUAAUAUACAGUUGUAAUAUUUAAUUUGUUCAUUCUUAAGGAGUAUGUUCAUCUGUAUAUGUUUUGAUUAUUUUAAAUUAUAUCUUAUUUUAGGGUACUGUAGAUAGUAUUUACAUGAAAAACACAUUUCACACCUUACAGUUAAAAAUUUCUUUCUUUUCCUUGAUAAACAAAGUGCAUGCUUCUCAGGUUUAUUCUUUGGUUUUAUUAUUUUUACAUUGAAAACGCUCCCUUAAAUAAGUUGUUCUGAUAGAUGGUUAUUUGUAUUUCAAAUUUUAAUAAGACAUUUGUCUUUUAACAUCAAAAUAGAGUAACUUUGUUUUUUUUUAUGUUUUUGUUUUUUUGAGUAAUUUUGAAUUUAAUAGCCAUUUGAAAAUAAAAACUUUUACAUAUCAGUUAAUAUUUAAUAUUGUAUUUUGUCAUUUAUGCCAAACUAUAUUUUUGUAGCUUCUUUUUUAAAGUUAUGAUUUGGCAUAAAAGCUUAUAUCAUUUCCCAAAGUACAGAUUCACAAGACUGAUUUCCUAUAUAAGAAUGUUCUUCAAGGAAAUUUCAUAAAGUGAGAUGUUAUUAAAUCAAAGAAAUUGGUCAGAAAACAGGUGUCAACUUUUCAAACCUUUGGAGGAUAGGUAUCCUGGUGCUUUUUUGUUUUAAAUGUUUUAUGGGUCAGGAGUGGGGGAAGGCAUGUAUGACUGAUAGAAUAUUUUUUUAUAUAAAAUUAUGCAGGAAAUGGGGAAUGUGUCACAGAGACAAUAAUAAGACCAAAAAGCCGAGUUCACACACAAUUCACAAUUAAGUUGUUGAAUUUGAAAUAAUCACAAUCUUAAAUACUGCUUUUUAUUCAGUCAGUAUUUAGAAGAAAAAACGUCAGUGGAAGAAAAAAACCUUUAAAAGGGAUGUCUCCAGUCAUAUAACUUCUUCCACUACAUCUCUUUUUCCUCUUGAGAGUUUUUUUUCAAGAGAAGAAAUAUACUAUCACAAAAGUUAUGGAGGUUUUUGGAUAAUUUGUAUGCAAACUUUAUCUUUCUUUUUCAAGGAUCUACAAAAAGAUGUUGAACUUUCUUUGUCAUGUCAUCAGCUUAGGGGAAAGAUUUACAUUGUUUCCAUUUGUUUUCAUUUUGCAGUAAAAUUAUUAAUAGAAAAACAAGAUUUUGGGUAUCUAUCCAUGACAUAAAAUCAGUACAUGCAUAACUAAAAAAAUCAAAUGUUUACUGAAGAACAAAACAACUGUUUAAAUAAGGUCUUGAGAGUUGACAUUUGUAAGUUGGUGACAAGAAUUACAUUUGGUUUUUGUUUUUUUAAUUUCUUAACUUACAAUUAAACAAAUUGUUGACUGUUAAAUUCACAAUUUCUUAAAUAGAUUCAACUGGAAUGAAUCUGUAAGACAGAAGAUAAGGGUUAAUGUUUUACCAAUUUUUUAUGCUUUGAGUGCACAUAUUUGAAUUUUUUAAAAGACAGUUGAGCUGUUUUGACACUUGUUACAAAAGCUAUAGUGACACUUUGUUACAGGAAUGACAGUUUAUAUUCUGUACGGGUGCUAUCAUAUGUUUUAUCUUUUCAUAAAUAUAUUAAUAAAUACAUUUUUAACCAUACAA